AUGAAAUCGACGCGUAGUCCAGCAGAAAAAUGCGAAGAAGUAAAAAAAGAAGAAAACGAGGAAGUUCAAGAAGCUCUAGCUACUACAUCUGACGAAAAAGUGAACCGCCUAUAUCACUCCAUUCCGAAAUCAUCUAAAAAUGAACGAGCUAGAGAAAUACGUUUAAAUAAAGCAAAACGUGAGCGACAAAAGUUUCGCGCAAAGCUGCGUAAAAAACUUGGGGAAGCAGCAGUACCAAAGGAGAAGCCACGAACGAUUGAAAGCACUCGUGAAUAUGAUAUGACUAUGGUAGAAGAGGAUGAUGAAGAAAUAUAUCAUGAUGAAAGGAAUGAUGAGAUGAGCGCAUAUUUUGGUGGUGAUGCUGAGCCAAAAAUUUUGAUAACUACUUCACCUUUUGCUAAAGUGAAUAGUUUCAAAUUUUGUUACGAAUUACAAAAAUGUAUCCCGAAUGCCCAUAUAUUUACUCGUAAAGGAAUUCCACUCAAAAAGGUCGUAAACCAAGCGAAAUCUGAACAAUAUACAGAUUUGGUUGUGAUUCAUGAGGAUCGAAAAAUGCCUAACGGUGUUGUUCUCUGUCAUUUACCUGAUGGUCCAACUGCAUUUUUCAAGAUUAAUAGCUUGAAGUUCACUAAAGACCUAAAGAAAAAAGGAGAGUCCACAACUCAUUAUCCUGAGCUGGUAUUGAAUAACUUCAACACACGACUAGGGCAUACAGUUGCUCGAAUGUUUGCAUGCCUUUUUCCACAAAAACCAAUGUAUACUGGUCGACGAGUUGUUACUUUUCACAAUCAGCGUGACUACAUAUUUUUCAGACAUCACAGAUACGAAUUCAAGAAUAAGGGAGAAAAAGCAGCACUACUUGAGCUUGGACCUCGUUUCACUUUACGAUUGAAGUGGCUACAAAAAGGAACAUUUGAUACUCGACAUGGUAACUACGAAUGGGUAUUAAAGAGACAUGAAAUGGAAACCAGUAGGAGGCGAUUUUUUUUGUGA